AUGCAAGUCACGAGAUAUUUACUACGUUUUGAUAAGAGCUAUUUGAAAAAUCUCCGUGUGUCCCAUGGGGCCCAUGGGAAAUCCAAGAAAGUUUCCCCCAAAUAUACAAACUCACCCUCCAAUUCGAGGGGUCUCGGUAGUCCAUUAGAGAAAAUCUCAGUUCUCCCAGAGAAGGAGCGAUUCCACAGAGAAAUUACCCUUGGUUCGCAGUACCGGGAACGAGCGGGUGUUCUCUACAGGAGGAGGAAUUCGCUCUUUUCCCAGUCACAAGAGGCAUUUCUUCAUGGGAACAAGGAGAAUGCCCUUGAGCUCGCCGGGGAGGCCAGGGCGAUUGCAGACGAGGCGGCCCAGUGUUCUCAAAGGGCGGCACAGCAUAUCUUCAGUGCGCAUAACCCACAGUGGAGUAGGGGACACUUCACAGAGUUCGUGGAUUUGCACGGGCUUCAUGUCGAUGAAGGGAUUUACUAUUUCAGUGAACAUCUAAUCAAAUGUGUAAGGAGGGAACAGUAUUCUCUCAAUGUUGUUGUUGGUGUUGGGAGGAAUUCCUCUGCAGAUAAAGGUGGCCCUGUUCUAGCGGAGGCCAUUGUAUCGCUGUGUGGUAAACUGGACAUUUUCGUCUGCGAGGACGAGCCGGGGAGACUUGCGGUACUAGCGAAUCGCGGGUUCGACUCCCGCAGUGGUGAAAUCGCGCUACUUGCUUUCAAGAGCGAUGUGUGGUGGUAG